AUGCCAGGAACCGCGGCCGUUGUGCCGCCAUUUGCGUUUUCGAUUUUCCGCCGCAUCACCGGAACAGUCUUCACAUACACUAUUGUCACAACCACCAUCCUUGUUCACCAAAUGUCGUGUGCUACCACCCCAUGCCAGGGCCCUGUCAAGGAGGAGAAGCCGAGGAGGGGUCAGAGGCCUCCAGUUGACAAGAGUAUCUGUCAUCGAUGCCGCGAAGCCAAGAGUCUGUACAUGCUCCGUGGCAUGUCCUUUUGCCGGGACUGUUUUGAGAACCUCGUCCAUUCCCGCGUCUCCCGCCGCCUGAACAAACCACUCGUGGACCCAGACAACAAGGCGUCGAACGCGCGGCCAAACCUCCAGUCUGGCAACGUUCUCAUUGCCGUCUCGGGUGGCGCAGGCAGCACCUUGUUACUGGACCUGCUCGACUCGCGAGGGUACUAUGGCCACGAGGACAAUGAGACACGCGACAUUACAAAGGGCCAAAAGAACAUUGUCUGGACUCGCGGCUGGGCUGUCCAUGUCGACUUUUCGUCUGUGACAGGUCUCGAGUCGCAUGCCGAGGCGCUCGGCGCACUGGCUGCAGACCACGGGCUGCAGCUUGCGGUCAUCAAGGCCGAGGAAGCGUUUGAUCCUGCUCUUCGCACCCGUCUGCGACAGGCUACGGGUGGAGCAGCCUCCGCCACCGCAGCACCGAGCGCAAUGGGUGUGGAUCUCUCAGCACCAGACCUCCCGCUCAUUUCCGCCCCCUCGUCGUCGACGGCCACCCCACUCGAGUCGUUCCAGGCUCUCCUGGCGGCUCUCCCUGCUCCGUCCCGACCGGAACUCCUUGCGAGCAUUCUCAAUGCCCUCCUCGAUCUGGCGGCGUGCGAGCUGCCCAACAUCAGCCACAUGGUUCUGGGCGAGACGACCACGCGUGAAGCCGCGCGUGUCAUCUCUGGAACCGCGGCGGGACGAGGCUGGGCUCUGCCUCUGGAGCUGGCCGGCGCGCGCAGUUCAGGAAGUUACGUGCGCCUCAAGCCGAUGAAGGACAUUGCGCUCAAGGACGCCGCUCUUUGGUGUCAUGGCCGUGGCCUGGCGACGUUCAAUGAGCGCAGGUGGGACAACACCGUCCCGGGAAGCAAGCGUGAUGGCAAGGGCAAUGUCGCGAGCAUUGAGGCAUUGACAGAGAGUGAGCUGCGCGAAGCGCGACUCAGCUGA